AUGUCCGCCAGCCCCUUAUCCGCCCGCCGCUCGAGCAAGGGAGUGGCCGCUGCUCCCGCCCGCCGCUCAUCGUCCCGCCGCUCGACUACCGGAGCGACCGGUGUGUCUGUCCGCCGCUCAUCCUCCCGCCGCUCGACCACGGGAACUGCUGGUGUGCGUGUCCGCCGCUCGACUACCGGAGCGGCAGCCGAGGUGAUGGAUGGGGCCGGGGAGAGGGUAUGGAAAGAAGGGAGAGAAAGCACAGGUGGGACCGGCCGGCGCGCGCUGCCCGCCCUUCCCGAGAGGAGCGAGGACCCCGCGGCCGGGCCGACCAGAGCUGAUCCAGGAAAGAAGAAUUUGGGCAGAAGUACUUUGGUGGGGCUGGGGCCGCUGUUGUGUGAUAAUAUCAGUGACACACCACGGACUUUGAUCAAGAAAAUCAUCCACAUCUUUCCACCAGCUUCACCUGUGGUACCUGACAUAGCAAAACAUGAAGACCCAGAAGCGGCAGCAGAAGAAGCUCAAGCAGAACUCCCAACUGGGAGGCUUUCCAACAUGGAGGAAAUGCAGCUGCCAGAGCUUGUUCCUGAGGAGAGAGCUGUCUUCACACCUCUUAUGAAUAAGAAGAGAAAGCAACUCAAAAUUUCUGAAUUUGAGAGAGCAGUAAGCCAACAAAUUGUCCAGAACCAAGCUCCGUCACUGCUGGACAGCGCUGUGGCUGGCAUGUCUCUUGGAUACAUGGUCCAGCCAGACACUGUUGAAAGGAGACACCUGCGCCGGAGGCCAAAUAAUCGCAAACCUGUUGACAUAAAAGCUUUUGAAGACAAAGUGGAACAGGACAUACUGAGGAGAAAAGCACAGAGCUAUCUUGUGGACUCAGAAAUGUCACCUGGAAGUCAGACAGCCAUGCUGACAAGUGUGGGUACAUGCAAGAGAAGGACCCAGGGAUAUUCUCAGGACUUAGUCCUUGAUCAAGAGCAUGUUGACAGUAUGACUCCUGUAUCUUCAAAAUCACGUGAAAACCCACAAGAAAGUAAGCAAGAUCAUUCCCAGUGGACUAACUCAAUGGAUCAGCUCUCUGUUUCAGAAGAAGUGGUGGUUGGCAAAGCAGCCCCUUCAGAAGAAGAGGGAAUAGCAGAAGGAGGCAUUGAAUACCACGGCUCUCCUGAAGCCGAGUGUGAGAUUGCCCAAGGUAUUGGAGCUGGAAGUCUGAGUAAGCAUUCUAAUCCGACCUUCUCUGAAAAAUCUGAGAUGGAGCCCUUGAAGGAUGCUGUUGAACAAGCAGGUGAACUAGAGGACCAGGCUAUUUUGAUAGAAUUGGAUAGUCUAGAAGAGCCUACUGAGGAUGCAGCUGAAGACACUGAGAAUGAAGAGGAUUUCAUGAAGACACCCCCAUUUGUCCAUGCUGCAGCCUACAAGCCACCACUGUUAACUCCAUCAUUUGCAAAACCUGCUGCUUCUGAGCCUCCUCUGCAGCCACAGCAGACAAAGCGAGUUCUAAAGAGCUCAUGGAAACAAACAUCGGAGCCUAAAAUGUCAAGUAGUUUGAUAAAGAGGGUAUUUAAGGACUAUGCAAAAAUGCGAGUGGCCACAGAAUCGUUCAGAAUUGUUGAAAAAUGCACCAAGAAAUACUUCAAGCAGCUCUGGAGUGAUCUGGCAGCUUUCGCCAGCCAUGCCGGAAGGAAGACAGUGGAAGUGUCUGACGUAGAAGUCCUCAUGAGAAGGCAAAGGCUGGUGACAGAUGAGAUACCUCUGCGUGUGCUGAUUGAGCAUCACCUCCCUCUGGAUUAUAGAAAGCUCCUGAUUCCAGUUGCUGUGAGUGGAAAUAAAGUGAUCCCUGAAAUUAAACGCAGCAGUAGCUGCAGGCUGUGAAAAGAUGCCUGAUGGCUGGCACUGCUCCGUGCAAUGGUUUUCUACCAGUAACCAGUGGGGCAGUGAGCGGUCGACGUUUUCUGGAGAUGAUUUUGUGCUGUGUCUGUCACCAGUUGUUACACAAAUAAUUUGACUAUCCUGAAUUUGUUGUAACCUUUGAAUAUUUGUGCAUCAUGAUAAAUAAAGUAUGUUCUGCACAAUGCAAAUGCUGCUCAUGGAAGUGGGCUGAAAGGCUGCUGCAUUUAAACUGACAGAGGGAAGACUGAGAUGAGAUCUUGGGAAGUUCUUCCCUGUGAGGGUGCUGAGGCACUGGCACAGGUUGCCCAGAGA